AUGUCUUUGACAACAGAUCUAUUCUCUAGAAGCAUCAUCUCAAUAACUAUUCCAAUAGAUAAUCUUAAAUUCGUGUAUUCUGUACCUUAAGUUGUGGAUUCUGAUCUAUUGAUCUAUUAACUAGCAUACUAGAACAAGGGACCAAAUUAGAAAAUUAAAUGA